ACACAUCGUUCAACAAAAUCAGGACAACAAGUUGCAUCUACCACGCAGUCCUCUUGGCAACUGCAAGCGUGCUCGUUUGCGGCUGACUAUUCUUUGAACAUAGACGAAAUAAAAUGGCUGAGAAAAUCCGAAUAUCUGAGUUCGUGAUGAAGCGCAUUUGCUCGAUAAAAGCACCGUGCACCGGAGAAUUGUACGGCACCAUGUGUGACGGGGUGCCCACGAUUGUCGCAUUUAGCAAAAUAAUUGAUGUCGAAGACGGUUCCCACGAUGACGCCAGUGAAAGUCCACCGACUAAAGAAACCAUUCAGCCUAACCUGCCGUGCGGAAUCGAUCUGUUCGGUUGGGUGAGGAUUGGUCCAUGCGAGGACCCGUCCGGUUUCCUGCAGGAUGUGCUGCGAGAUCUGGUGGUGACGGACAAUCCGGUCUUUUUGCACAGUCCCGGUGACGGGCUGACGUUGCAAACGUACAUCUAUCAGCAACGGAAGCUGGUGAAGGUGGAGUGUACCAUCGUGGAGGCAGGCUUCCUCUACCGGGAGUUCUAUCUGCUUCGGCUUCGCUGCACGAUGUCCAUAUUUUGCGAGCAGACGGAAAAAUCGAUCAGCGAGAGCGCUUUCCGGCUGCGGAAACGGCUUGCUUCGGGGAAUGUGGCCUUCAACGUGCCGGCGAUCGAUGAUGUGAUGCUAAGCGAGAACGUAGUAACUGGUGUUGGAUCGGAAGAAAGCAUCGAAAUGCUCCACGCGAUGAUGCUCGCACCGAAGAGCGAGAAGGACGAUGGGUUCGGAGUUCCUGGGGCACGCAUGAAGGUUCCGAAGAAGCCACACACCGGCAACCAAAACGUUCCACUCACUGGCUACCGUGUGAUCGACGUCGGUAUGCUGAUCAAAAAGAGUAAGGCCAACGAGGACGAAAAGUUGCGCCGGGAAGCGUGCAACGUGAUGAUUGACAGCCGAAGCGAGGACAACUACGUCAAGAUACCGAUUCAGGUGGAUUGUCUUAGCAUGGUGCACCGGGAAAAGAAGCUAGAAAAGUGCUUCAACACUUUAGUGGAUAGCGUUUGCUGCUCUUUGAGUUUGAUUGAGUCGGCACUGCUGGAACAGUUGGACAAGACGGGGCAGUGUUACGUGACAAAGUGUUUCCACAUGCUACCGAGAGAGUUGGGUCAUUUUGUAACAUGCGCUUACCCGAUUGGCAGUGAGGUGCAGGAAGAACAAACAUAUUUGCGCCAGAAACGUAUGCUCAUGCACGCUCAUUUCGGGUUAUCCAAGCAUCGACCGUACUUUCGGAAGGCAAAUGCGUACCGUUUUCAGACUGGCAAACUUUUGCUAAAUCCCCACGAAACAUUAACAGUUCCAUACCCUGAUGGCAAAACGGCCGUUGUUGAUGGUGCGUACACAUACCAUCACUAUCUGCAGGAUGAUUUUGACGACAAGGGGUGGGGAUGCGCGUACCGUUCGCUGCAGACGCUAGUCUCCUGGUUCAACAUUCAAGGCUACAGUGCGAAUGCGAAGAUUCCUUCCCACACCGAGAUACAAAAGUGUCUGGUGCGCGUCGGGGACAAGCAGCCGAACUUUGUCGGUUCCCGCCAGUGGAUCGGAUCGACGGAAGUGUCAAUCUGUUUGAACGAGUUCGUCGGUAUCGAUUCCCGCAUCCAGCACGUUGCUUCCGGCGCCGAGCUGGUGUCGCUGGGCCGGGAACUGCUGCAUCACUUUCACCAGCAGGGCACACCGAUCAUGAUCGGGGGUGGUGUACUGGCACACACUAUUCUCGGUGUUUCGAUCGACGCGGACGAUGGAGGGACAAAGUUCCUUAUUCUAGAUCCGCACUACACGGGCGCGGACGAGCUCGGCCCAGUGCUGGCGAAGGGAUGGUGCGGCUGGAAGGGAGGAGAUUUUUGGGACAAAAAAUCGUAUUAUAAUCUGUGUAUGCCGCAACGACCGGCACUUAUGUGAGCUAGAAAUCGUACGAAUGGGUUCGAAGAGACUGUCAGAACACGCCCCGCGUGUUCCUCCCCAAUGUAAACUGCGAUGAUUAUGUUGUUUUACUUUGUUGAUGCACAAUAAA